UCAUUUUCAAUUAAUCAAAGCCAAAAAAAGGCCAUGGACUGGUAUUCUUGGCUAUGCAAAACAGGGCUAGAGCCCUCUCUAGUUUAUGAAUAUGGCCUAGCUUUUGCUCAUAAUGAGCUCCAAUGCGAAGACAUCGCUUACUUCAACCAUGAAUUUCUUCAAAGCAUAGGCAUUUCUAUAGGUAAACACAGGCUAGAAAUUCUUAAACUUGCCAAAAAAGAAAUAGGAGCAAUUCCAAAUUCUAUGUCAAGAUUUCUCCAAUUGAUCAAAAGUACAAAGAGGCGUUUGUCCAAGUAUAUAAUGAAUUUGGGUCAUAGAGAGGAAUUAGCUCUUGCUUUAGUCCCAAAAAGAAAUUGCAGUUCAAGAUGGAAAAAUGCUAUGUUGAAGAGGAACAAGAGAGUGGCUGCAGCUAAGCAGACAACGUUGUUGCUCACAAAUGGGAGUCCUGUUUUCAUGUCUGAUUUAAGAAUGAACAGUUUUUCAAGUUCGAUGAUUUAUGAUGAUUUCCCAGCUGAUGAAAAGAUGGGGGCAGAUUAUUGGACAUCCUCUGUAGUUGAAGAGAUCAGGUGGGAUGCAAUGUUUCAGAAUAUGAAACCAACUUAAUUAUACUCUAAUUUUGUUUAUGUAAUUUUAAUGGUGAAAGAUGGAUUCUUUUUGGGUUCUUCCACCAACUUCCUUUACUUAAUUGAGAUUUCUGUAAUAAUGGGUGAUUUGAAUUAGGAAGUUUGCGGUGUGCAGAAGGAGAAAGCCACCCAUGAAUGAUGUGUGUGCGUGUGUCUGUGUGUUUAUCAAUGGGAUUUUUUACAUGCUUUA